AAAAUAUCUAAUAGAAAUAUCUAAUAGAAAAUGGAUUUUAGUCCAGAAGAGUUGACGCCGGAACAGCGGAUAGCCCGUCACAAUUCGGUCAUCUACAGGUUCAGAGCGGUAGUUAGAUUCGUGAUGGCCAAUGUAAAAUGGCUGGAGGACGAGGGCGAACAAGAAAUGACUACGAACGUCAUCAAGAACAUCAGGCUGCUGUUGCGAAAGAAGCCGAUAGUCAGCCUUCUGACUAUAAAAGAGAAGGCGAUGUUGAACAAAAAACUAUCGGAUCGAACAGAUGAAGAUAAAGCGCAUUUGUACAGAACGGUGGCUUCCCUUAAAUUAUUCAGAAAGUACACAUCUGAGGUCAGAAAACGACUGGUCGCCGUCACUUUUUUUAUCUAUUAUGGACCUGGAAGGACCAUUGUUAAAGAAGGUCAUCCUGCAGAAGGUUUGUACUUCCUUCUAACGGGAGAAUGCAAAAUAACAACUAACUACUUCAACCCGGGUGUGAAGCAAUGGCUGUCUGAGGAAAAGGGGGUCCUAUACGCGGGCUCGUUGUUCGGCGAGUACUGCUUGUUGAACGACGUACCGCGCGUGGUGACCAUCACCACGGUCACCGACUGCGAGUUCCUGAUGAUCAAAAAGGAGAACUUCGACUCGGUGCUGAAGGACACGAUCAUGAAGAAGUGGAAGGAAAUUCGCAUGAACAUCGAGAGCUUCCGGUACUUCGACAUCUGGGAUUCGACCGUUAAGACCGAAUGCAGCAUCGUUUCCAACAUGAAUUCAUUCGAACAGGAUGAGACUGUGUUAGGCGAUGGUGUCGGUUCUAAUAAGUUCGUGUAUUUUGUUACAUCGGGUUCUUGCUACAUAUUGGAACAAUUAAACGUGAAGAUUAUUGUCAAGCAAGGUGUUGAAAGAUACGAACUGAUGACCUCGCCGGAAGACUUCGCAAAAAUAUCGGAGAGACAAAGCACGAACUAUUGCAGAAAAUACCAUCAUGGAAUGACGGAGUCUAUAUCAGGAACAUCUAAAGCAUCCACUAGAACAUCCACUAGAGCAUCCACUAGAGCGUCUAAAAUAUCGAGAAUAUCUAAAGCAUCGAGACCUUCCAAAUGGGAUAUUUCUCGCAAGGAAUCCGAAAGAGUGACCACAUUCGCACCAGGAGACGAUAAAUGCGUUAGAUCCCCAACAUCGAGCGGUGGAGGAGAAUCAACUAAGACCACUAAGACCCAAAAGAUAAGAAUGCAAUUCGAAUCAGACGACAAAGAAAUCGAAUUGUUCACCGAGCUACUUUCUGUCGAAACCAGAGACGAGGAAAUAAAAGGACUAUCCUUUUAUACACCGAAAAUAUCGUAUAGGACUCACUUUGUAAAGAUCUGCGAAUUCACCACUGGUUCUUGCUUCAACAUAGGCGAACAUUUGACCGGCAGACGCAUCAUCGCUCUGACGCCUCUGACAUGUCUCUUGGUUCCGAAAGUGUUCGUUGAUCGCAAUAACGUUGGACACAUCUUUGACGGGAUGAAGCUGUUCUUGGAGAGGCGCAUACCCAGCACCGAGGAUGUAUUCAAGCGUUUCAAAGAGGAAUCGAAGUUUAAGAAGUACAGAAAGCGCCUGGUGAACGAGCAACUCAACUUGAAAAUGGUGCGAACCAACAAUUCCCUCAACAACGUGCCGUACAGCAUACGCUUGAAGGAAGGCCUGGACACAGACUAUUUCAAUUUCUGAUGUAAACAAGUAUUUAAGCGACAAAACUCGA